UGACGGAAAUUGCAUCCGAUGCACAAACGGUUACAUGACGACGCCAAAGACGGUUGGGCAAACAGCCACAUGAACUGUGCUAUGGAAACUGAACAAGCCGUCACCUUCCGUUACCAGCUACAACAUCUGAAAUUGGCCCCGAGGACCUCUUCGGACGGUUCGCCGUUCCAACAGUCCUCUUCAGACAGUUCGCCGUUCCAACAGUCCGCUGCAACUUUCCCCAGAAAACGGAGUCUCGCUUUUCGUGAGAGCUUUGGAGGUUGCAUCCAACUGCCUACAGAAUUGGCAACAACGUCCGCAGGCGAAGAACCGUCUACCUCUCGGAUUGAGUUCCACAUUCCUCGUGAGGUGAACCCCACAGCUUCGGCGCACAACAGUUGUGUGCCGAUGGGUGUUUCUUACACAUCGUCUGAUGACGAGAGUGAGCCGUUGGUGGCCACUGAUUACUCGUCUGGACCACAGUCCUCUUCAAGUGGACCUUUGCUUCACGCUAGCUCCAGUAGUACGAAGUUGGUUGCCAGCGGCUACUCUUCGGAGGAACUUUCCACAGCACGGGCGAGUCCAACGCAAGUGCGAAGUGCUGAUGCGAUUCCAAUUGAGAGUCAGUCUGGGUCGGAAGCGUCUGGCAGGGGUGAUACAGAGAGAAGGGCGAUACUGCAGAUUUUGUCCGCACCUCUGCCAGGCGAAAAACGAAGGCGGGAGCUGCGAGAAGUGGCGUCCGCUAUCUCUUCUUCCACGGCAUUUAAGCCGAGAAGAGGGAGCUCAGGGGGCGACUCCAGGCGAACAGCUCCCGGAGCGGCGAAUUUGGGGGGGUGUUAUCUGCUGCCAUCGCGGGAACUACUCAUCUGUUGCUGGGCGCGCGGAGACAGAACCAAGGUGAGACGGAAGGCGAAGACGAAGAGGAUCAGACACAGACUUUUCCAGUCUGUGUCUACGAUGGCGGCGAUGGUCGUCCUGCUGUUGCUGGGGCUUAUCCAGCUUGCCGUUCCUGGACUUGCUCAAAUUCCGCCAUUCGGUACGGUAAAGAUCGAGCAGGCCAUCUCUGCUGGCACUGGCUGUCCGCCUGACAGUACCAGGAGCCUUGUCUCCGCCGACCAACGUUUUCUCACUGUACUUUUCAGCAGUUUCAACGUGUCGACAGGAAAUCCAGGCGGCCGGAGGAAAAACUGCCGUUUGGCCGUCAACCUGAUCUAUCCUGCUGGGUUCACGUUUACUCUGGUGACUGUGAGAUUCCAAGGGUACGCCGAUUUGGAGCCAGGCGUCAAUGGUACACUCGCCGCGGCGUACUACUUCUCAGACAUUGGAGAGCCAGUCAAAACCUUGAGGAACCUGCCUAGUCCCAAGGCAGACUACUUCGAUUACGCCGAUAACUUCACAAACCUUAUCUAUCCACAGUGCAACAGUACGUCGGUGAUGAUCAUUAUCAAUUCCGAGGCAAGAGUGGUGCCUCCACCUCCGCCGAGUAGCAUGUCGGGCUCUAUCGGCGUCGAUUCUCAGGAUGUGUCGCUCACCCAGAGUUUUGGUCUGAGCUGGAAGAUUUGCUAAGGGCAUAUACUCGUACCAAGGCUUUUCUGGAGCAUCUAACGGCAAAUGCAGCCAGAUCCACUUCAGAAAGUUGUACCGUGAGCAUGCCCUGAGCUGAUUUUAUUCAGGCGUCAACAACCGGGCAUCAGCACGCUACUUGGAGAGAAGCAGAAUGAGCGACAGCGAGGGGAUCAACAUGGAGAAUAGUGGAUUAAUCUAUCGGUCCGCAGCUGCAUUGUCAGGGGGCCGCGGUCAGCUAAGAAAUGGUGACAUCACUGUCACAGGGGAUUGGACGUGUGUUCGAGAGCACUUCGCUGAUUAAGCUCAAUAGAAAGCCCAGCCAGUUGUGGAACUGGUCAGUCACCGACCAUUAGAAUUAUAUAUAGAACGUAUAUAAUGUCUGGCAGGCGAGCGGUUUUGCACGUCCUGUAAUUAUUUCUAAACCUGGAAAAGAAUACGCUGGCAUGUAGCACUUCCGGUGGGGCAGACCCGAAGCCGAGUGCGAGAACUGUUGCGUAAAGAUGAAGUAGACGGGCGUAGCAGGUUACUUAGUGCUCUCUCUCUCUCUCUCUCUCUCUCUCUCUCUCUCUCUCUCUCUCUCUCUCUCUCUCUCUCUCUCUCUCUCUCUCUCUCUCUCUCUCGUUUGCUUGCUCAAUGCGCCGUGUGUGUGUGGGUGUGUGUGACUCACAUCUUCAGAGUGCGACUCUACACCCACAGAAGGCGCUCAGCGUUGCAGUUGAAUUCGGAGGGAGUAUUAGCGUUAAUAUGAUCUCUUCUGGUAAUGAAGCAUCGUCUUUUCCAAUGAAUUCCUGCAUAUGCU